CACAACUGAUGCCGGCUCCGAGAGAAGCCCGGGCGGGGAGGGACGAUGUCGCAGGUGCCUGCGCGCCGCCUCUCCCGGUGUAAACAGCGGCCUCCCGGCGGGGCGCGCGCCCGGGCCCUUCUCUAGCUCGCGUCGCCCCCCGCCCUCCCGGAACCACCUCCCCCCGCGCAGGCGCAGUGCGGGCAGCGCCUGACAGCCGAGCCAGCGGCGGAGCCUGCGAGCGCCGGGGCCCAGCGGGACCGGGCCGGGGCCCAUCCAGGUGUCGGCCAUGGGGAAGUCCUUUUCUCACCUGCCUUUGCCUUCGUGUAAAGAAGAUGGUUAUGACGGGAUGACGUCCUCCGAUAACAUGAGGAACGGCUUAAUUCAUUCCGAAAACCACAAUGAAGACGCCAGGAAUGGGGACGUCUCCCAGUUCCCGUACGUGGAAUUCACCGGCAGAGACAGCGUCACUUGCCCCACUUGUCAGGGGACAGGAAGGAUUCCCCGGGGCCAGGAAAAUCAGCUCGUGGCAUUGAUUCCGUAUAGUGAUCAGAGACUAAGGCCAAGAAGAACAAAGCUCUACGUGAUGGCGUCUGUGUUCUUGUGUCUGCUGCUUUCUGGGCUGGCCGUUUUCUUCUUGUUUCCCCGAUCCAUUGAUGUGAAAUACAUCGGGGUGAAAUCCGCGUACGUCAGCUACGACGAAAACAAGCGCGUCAUCUACUUGAAUAUCACGAACACACUAAAUAUAACAAACAACAACUAUUAUUCUGUGGAAGUUGCAAACAUCACAGCACAAGUCCAGUUUUCAAAAACUGUUAUUGGAAAAGCACGAUUGAAUAAUAUUACCAAUAUUGGACCACUGGAUAUGAAACAGAUUGAUUACACAGUUCCUACCAUUAUAGUAGACGAAAUGAGCUAUAUGUAUGACUUCUGCACGCUGCCCUCCAUCAAGGUCCACAACAUCGUGGUCAUGAUGCAGGUGACUGUGACAACCACCUACUUCGGGCACUCUGAGCAGAUCUCCCAAGAGCGCUACCAGUAUGUCGACUGUGGAAGAAACACUACCUAUCACCUGGGCCAGUCGGAGUACCUGAACGUGCAGCCGCCCCAGUAGACACGGCAGGAGGGAUGCUCGCGGCCGCGCUCAGCCCGUGUCACCCGCCACGGGCAGACCUGUCUUAGGGGUACAGUUAAAAACAUGUAGGAGCGCUCUUCCUGAAACUUCUCCUCUAUUGUGGUGUUGUAUUUAUAUUCAUAGCCGACAUUAACGUAGUGCUCUAGGGCUUGCCAGGCGCUUCCCAUAGAUAUUGUUUGUGUCCAUUGGUUGUCCCGACCGCCCCGCACAGUCAUUGCGCAGGAGUCUUCAUCCCCAUCUCGCAGAGGAACCGGCUGAGUCUCGGAGACAUCCUUGGCCCAGUCGUGACCAUAAGGAGGGGAGUUGGUGUUUAGGCUGGGCCCCUGCUGAUUUCUGGUCAAGCUCCUCUGAGACCCUGCUUGGCUCUACCUGAAACUUCCCCAGAAGGGCUCAGUUAUAAAGUCUGAGAGACUUUGGCUCUAGGACAGUCAAGCUGGCAGCUUGGGAGUGGUACACGGAGACUGGUGUUUCUGAACAUUUUAAAUUCAAGCAUCUCAUCCCAAAUCAAUGUAAAGCCACGAGCCUGCCAUUUAAAACAUUCUUAUUAGGGGACUGGGGGGUUUUAUCUCUGUUUCACAUGGAAGGAACUCCAGAGACCCUGGAAGGGGGUCAGAAAGGGACAGUGCACAUGACCUAGCCCGACCCCCUCACCUAGGCAGGAGCCGGACCCAGAUUCUCUGGCCUCCGGGCCGGCAUUCUUUUCAUUCCUGAAUUGGGAAGUGUGAAAACGUUCAUUUUUUAGCUUUUCAUAUAUUAUAUUAUGUCAAGCUGGUUGAUGCUCUAACAGAUUUGUAAAAAAACAAAAUGAAUUUUGCAAAAUUCUUAAUCUAAAGUUCUCUGUGGUCUCUAGGAUGAAUAAUCAGCUCAUCAGUGUCUUUUCCCAUGUUUAGUUGAGAUUUUGCAGGAUUUGUGUGAUCUUCACCCAUUGAUAUAAUCAAUAGGUCCCUGAACUAGGCUGUAAAUAAUGGAGCUAUAGUUUUAUUGGAAGUACAGUUUGAUUCUCAGUGAAGGACGGCGUCAGCCAAUUCUGACGUCACUUGUGAUACAAAUCCAAGACCUCUGUUGUUACGCUGUCAUUGGACAUCUGUGAAAUGGGGAUAACAUGGGGGGAAAGCGAGGAAAGGCGCCCUGCUCUAUUCCGUGGGCAUCAGUCCCAUUCAUGGGAAGGCUUCAGAAACACCCUUGCUCCUCCUCACGUGUUGACCUCAAGGGCCCCUGGGACCUGUUGUGUAACAGAAAAAAACUCACUGUGGCCAAGACACAUUAAGGGAUUCUGCGUAUUAUUAAAUAAUUGGAAUCAGUCUUUUGUGUUUUAAAAAUAAUUACAAAACAAAUUGUGUUUGAGCUAA